CCAGGUGACCUCCAUCAUUGCUGGCGUGGUUGGGGCUCUGCUGGUCAUCGUCCUGCUCCUCAUCACCGUCAUCUGCGUCAAGCGCCGGCGGCAGCAGGAGCGCAAGCACGCCAUGCGGAGGCUGCUGCAGGAGACCGAGCUGGUGGAGCCACUGACGCCCAGCGGGGCCCUCCCCAACCAAGCCCAGAUGAGGAUCCUCAAGGAGACGGAGCUGAAGAAAGUGAAAGUUUUGGGUUCUGGUGCUUUUGGCACCGUCUAUAAGGGCAUCUGGAUCCCUGAUGGGGAGAGCGUGAAGAUCCCCGUGGCCAUCAAAGUCUUGCGGGAGAACACAUCGCCCAAAGCCAACAAGGAGAUCCUGGAUGAGGCCUAUGUGAUGGCAGGGGUGGGCAGCCCCUACGUGUCCCGGCUGCUGGGCAUCUGCCUGACCUCCACGGUGCAGCUGGUGACGCAGCUGAUGCCCUACGGCUGCCUGCUGGACUACGUGAGGGAGAACAAGGACCACAUCGGCUCCCAGGACCUGCUCAACUGGUGUGUGCAGAUCGCCAAGGGGAUGAGCUACCUGGAGGAGGUGAGGCUGGUGCACCGGGACUUGGCCGCUCGCAACGUCCUGGUCAAGAGCCCCAACCACGUCAAGAUCACCGACUUUGGGCUGGCCCGGCUGCUGGACAUCGACGAGACCGAGUACCACGCUGAUGGUGGCAAGGUGCCCAUCAAGUGGAUGGCGCUGGAGUCCAUCCUCCGCCGGCGCUUCACGCACCAGAGCGACGUCUGGAGUUACGGUGUCACCGUGUGGGAGCUGAUGACGUUUGGGGCAAAGCCCUACGAUGGGAUCCCUGCCAGGGAGAUCCCAGACCUGCUGGAGAAGGGCGAGCGGCUGCCGCAGCCGCCCAUCUGCACCAUCGACGUCUACAUGAUCAUGGUGAAAUGCUGGAUGAUUGACUCCGAGUGCCGGCCCAAGUUCCGGGAGUUGGUCACCGAGUUCUCCCGCAUGGCCCGCGACCCCCAGCGCUUCGUGGUCAUCCAGAACGACCUGGUGGGGGUGCCUGGCUCCAUGGACAGCACCUUCUACCGGGCACUGCUGGAUGAGGAGGACAUGGACGACCUGGUGGACGCUGAGGAGUACCUGGUGCCCCACCAUGGCUUCUUCAGCACCGACACCUCCACCACCUACCGCAGCCGCAUCUCCUCCAUGCGGAGCACGGCGGAGUCUCCAGCCAAGGUGGAAGAGGGCGAGGGCUUGGCCUCCUUCUCCUUCCCCGCCCAAGGCCUGGCAGAGGGGCCAGAGGGACCUGUCCCAGAGGUGCCAGAUGGGGACAAGGUGGCCCUGCAGAGCCCCCCGGGGCGGGAGCCCGGGACCCUGCCCCGGUACAGCGAGGAUCCCACCGGGCUGACGGCCAAGGAUGGAGAAGACCCCGAGUGCUUCACUGUGCCAGCCCCCCUCAGCACCAUGCCAGAGUACGUGAACCAGGCUGGGGAGCGCCCGCCCCGCGCGGCCCCGUCCCCGCCGGACAAACCCAAGGGGCACCAGGGCAAGAACGGGCUCAUCAAGGACCCCAAGAACUCCUUCCCAGCGCCCUUCGGCCACGCUGUGGAGAACCCCGAGUACCUGGCACCGCCCCACGGCACCCCCAGCCCCGGCCCCUUCAGCCAGGCCUUCGACAACCCCUACUACUGGAACCAGGACCCUGCCAAGGGUGGUGGCCCCGAAGGCGGCCCUGGCACGACGCCCACGGCCGAGAACCCCGAGUACCUCGGCCUGGCCGGCCCCGACGCCACGGCCGUGUAGGAAAGACCCCCCAAACUUCACCAAGGCAGCUCAGGGAGGGAUGAGCCACAGCUGUGGGGCUGGGGGUGCACCCCUGUGCCCAGGGGUGGCACCGCUGGCGGAGCCAGGACGCUGUGGGACAGCACGGUGGGGACACAAGCGUCACUCUGGGUGCCCCCAGGAGCAGCUCAGAGCCAGCAGGGCCUGCAGAAGGACAGCCCCCGUGCCAUCCCCCCCAUGCAGGGCUGUCCCAGUGCCUGGGACAUGAGGACUUGCACUGAGGGCAGCUGGACUGAGAGCAGUCCCGGCUGCUCCGGGAUUCCCUGGGAGCACCGGGAUGUAUAUUUGACAAUUGUACAUUGGUUGUUUUUUCUA